CCCGGCCCCCCUGCCGGGCCCGCCCGCCAUGCCGGAGCCUGCGCCCCGCUGCAGCUCGGCCCACAAACGCCCGGGACCCCGGGGCAGCGCGGAGCGACGGUGCCGUGAGCGGGGGGGCUGCACCCGGGGGGCCGGACACAGGCCCCCCCGCCCCGGGGGUGGCAGUGCCCGCGGACGGGCCGCCCCGCAACGGCCCCAGGGGCCUCAGUACCGCGGGGCCGGUGGCGACCGGAGCCCCCCCAGCCCGUAACGCGCGGCCCCUUUAAGCGCGGAUCCUUUAAGGCCGCCAAGCCCCGCCCCCGCCGCCAUUACCCCUCGGCGGGGCGGUCGCCCCGCCCCUCCCGCACUAUGGGCGCGGCCAUUUUGGAGUUCCUGGUCACGUGCCCGCCCCACCCCGCCCGCCUCCACCAGCCUGCCCGUCGGGCGGGGCAGCCAUCUUGGCACCGCCUUCCCCCACCGCGUGACUCCGGCUGGCUCCGCCCCGCGGCUGAGGCGGGCAGGGCGCCGCCAUCUUGGCGCCUCUUGUCGUUCCCCCCCCUACCACCGCGGUGUCGGGGGGGGGGGGCAGGAACGGGGGAGCCGGGGGGCCUGGGGGGGUUGCAGCACCCCCGGGGCCCUGUCAGGAGAAGGACGGGGGGUCCCGGCCUAGCAGCCCCCAGCCUGGCACGGACCUGGGCCGGGGCGCUGGGCCGGGGCUGGGGGUGCCCCUGGGAGCGUGGGGCAGGGGGAGCCGCUGCGGCCUCACUCAGCCCCCGCCUGCCCCCCAGCAGGCACCGUGGGGCCGUGGGGCCGUGCGUCCCCGCGGUGCCGGCCUGGCCCCUUUGUGGCAGCGCGCGGCGCGGAUUGUUCUGGCUCUUUGCAGGGCGUCAGCAGGGCCGGGCGGCCGCGUGCCCCGUGCUGACCAGGCCCUUCGGCACCGGCCCCGCUGACUCACCCCACGUGCGGGCCGGGAUGCUGAGCUGGCAGGGCCACGGGGCCGAGGGGCACCCCUGCCGCGGACCUCUCCUGCUGCCCCCCCCACCCCGGCGACUGGCACAGCAGGGACGGCCCCGGCUCUCGGCACUGGGGGGGUGAGCAGGGCUGGCUGCGGGGGUGCCCUCCCCACCGCUGCAGGCACCUUCCCCCCCUGCUCCCCGCAGCCUUUCAUCCCUGCCUUUCAUCUCUCACCCGGGGAUGGAGUGCCGGUCGUCCUGGCAACACCCCAAAGUGUCCCAGCUUGUUGCCAUGACACCCAGAGAUGCUGUGAGCCGGGACCCCCGCAGCCCCCCAGGGCGCUGCCCCAUUCCCCAGCCCCCUCCUGCACCCCGGGGGUGCCUUGUGCCAAGCGUGGGGGGUUCCCUCCCCACACCUGGGGGGUGGCGGUGCUGGGGGGGUGGCCAGGCUGGGGGGGGAGGUGCCCCCGCCCUGGGCAUCCUCCGCACUUGCCUCGGCCCCGCAGCUGCGCCAUGGCCAUCGGGGAGGAGCUGCGGAGCGGGUGCUUCUGGCGGGGGGUGCUGGCGGAGGCAUCGGCGACAUUCAUCUUCGUGGGGGUGGUACUGGGUGCCUCGGCGGCCCCUGGGCCCGUGGCGCCGGCGCUGGCCGGGGGGCUGGUGGCCGGGGCGCUGGCCUGCACCCUCGGGGCACCCCAGGCCAACCCGGCGCUCACCCUGGCCCUGCUCUGCACCCGCAAGCUGGGUGCCCUGCAUGGGGCCGCCGGGCUCCUGGCCCAGUGUGCCGGGGCGGUGCUGGCCUCCACCGCUGCCCGCCUGGCGCUGCCGGACGACGCCAGCCUCGUCACCAGGGUGAGCGCGGCAGGGACGGCGGGGCAGGCCCUGGCCUGGGAGACCUUCGCCACCUUCCAGCUGGCGCUGGCCGCCUUCGCCGCCGCCGACCGGGCGACCCCCCAGGGCGGAUUGGCCCUGGGCAGUGCCGUGGCUGCCGGCGCCCUGGCUGCGGGGCCGUUCUCAGGAGGCAGCAUGAACCCGGUGCGCUCGAUGGGACCGGCCAUCGUCACUGGCAUCUGGGACGACCACUGGGUGUACUGGCUGGGGCCGGUGCUGGGCGCGGUGCUGGCCGGGCUCUCCUACGAGUUCGUCUUCGCCCCCGGCGCCUCCCGGGAGAAGCUGGGUGCCUGCCUGUCCUGCCGGGACGUGGCACUGGUGGAGACCACCAGCCCGGCCCCCUCCUCGCCAUCUGCCCGCGGCCCCCCGGCCACCCCGGCUGAGCAGGGCCAGGGCACAGCCUGAGCCGCCCUGGCCCCCUGCUCCAACCCAGCCUGCGGCAGGGGGCACCGGGUCCCCCCCCAACCCUCCUUGGGGCAUCCAGGGCACAGUGCCCCCCUGGCAGGAUGGGGGGGGCUGGGGGGGCCGUGCACUGAUGGCUCCAGCCCCCCACGACCGCCCCGGGAGGAUUAAAGGUGGCUUUGGGUCGGAGCUGGGUGCAGUGUUGCUGUGAGGGAUGGGGGGGGCUCGGUGGCCGCAGGACCCCCAUCCUGCACCCUCGGGGCACAGGGGCAUCCCGACACCGGGGUCCUCCCCCGUGCCCCCCUCGGGGCCGUGCCCCCCCUGGCUCCCCCAGGCAGGUGCCCCCUCCCAGCGGUCCCGCGGUGAGGGUGGGGGCCGGGACCCCCCGUCCGCCCCGUCCCGUGCCGUGGUGCUGAGCGCAGCAAAGCCCUUUGUCGCGGCCUCUGCAGCCCCGGCAGAUUUCGGCGGGCGCCAAUGGCCGGGCCUGGCCCUAAUCCCCCCGGCUGGGGAAUUAGCGCCCGCUAAGCCAGGCUGAAUAACCCUCCCGCAGACAACAGGGCUGGGGCGGGGGGAGCCCCCGCGGCCCCCAGCAGGGGUGGUACGGGGGGGGGGGCACCUAGUGUCCCCCCCCCGUGUGGGGCUGGGAGAGGCUGGCUCCCAGCAGGGUCCCCCCCCAAAGUGCCCCCCAAAACAUGGGUGGGGUGUGUGUGUCUCAGCACUGCCCCCGGCCCCCAAGCACGGUGGUGUCCCCCAAACCCCACAGAGGGCACCUAUGGGUCAGAGCCCC